GGGAUAAUGACUUGUUUGACAAAAGUUGAUAUUAUUUUGUUUUCGUUGGUGCUUCUCUUAAGCUUUAGAGUGGCUCUAUCGAGGACUGUGGACGAACUGGAAGACUCCGUUGAGGCCUUGGAAAAAGAAUAUCUUCAAAGAUUGAAAACGGUUCAAGACUUGAAAGUUGAAAGAGAUUUACUAGAAAAGAAAAUUUCUUAUAGAAACGAGGAAACAAAAGAAUUGGCACGGGAUAGAUUGCAAGUAGUGGAGGAAAAGAAACAGAGGGAACGGUCCAUAGAAGAUUUGAAGUUUCGUUUAGAGGUUGAAGACAACGGCGAAGUCGAAGAACUUGAGAAAACAUUUGAAAAACUCUCUCAUACAUUGGAAGAAACAGAAAUCGAAUACAGAAACACUUUAUUGCUCUUGGAGAAACUGAAAGAAUCGGUGGAGAGUGACAGCGAUAGAAAGUUACUGCGAUUGAGGGUUUAUCACCUUGUUGUUUUAGCUUGGCACCUUCGAUUUCGAAUAUUAUACUUUCUUUCCGAGUGUUGUUUAAUGUAUGUGAAGAAAUAUCCCGCAUAUUGACCAGGUUCCUUGGUUUCUUCAUAUGGCAGCUGAACUGGUUAAAUUUCCUUGA